UUCCAACUAUUGGCAAUGUAAAAGUAUUCCAAUCCAUAAUUCCACCUAAAACUGGCAGGAUCAGAAAUUUCUCCAAACAAAUAAUUCUUUAGAGGAAAAAAAUCCCAAAAUAUUCUUCAAAAAACAGUCCCUGGCUGAAGAGCGUAUACACGUGAGCGGUAAACAAAUGCCAGACUGUUUCCAUUCUCUUCAAUAUUGAGAAAAUUUACAGAGAUCACUUCAGAUAGCGAUGCGAAAAAAUUUGGAAACCUUGUACCAUUUGCGAAUGUGUGUUUACAAGUUCAAAUUGAUUGUGUUGUUUGAUAGGAAAUUGUUACACAGAUGAAAUGGUUUAUAGAGAUCUCAUCGUUUGUUAUCAGUAUAGUGAUUCUGAAUCAAUUUGAAUUUUCCAUUUUAGUUUGUUAUCAAUAUUUGGAAUAGGUGGAAGAAAAUUGUACGCUUCGAUAGUUUCGACACUCCGCGAUUCAUUGGUAACGGGGAAAUUAGAGACAACUAAUCGCUGAACGAUCGACACAAUGAGCACCAAUAAAAUGGAAUUGAGAAAUGGAAGAGACGGCAGCGAAAGUAAAUUCAGAAAAUUAAAACGUUACAUUACUGUUGAACCGGUAACGUUCGCAAUCAAUGUACCGUAUUGUCUGCUGGUCAUUUGUUUGCAGAAUUUGACUUUAGAAAAGGCAUGCCGGGUGAAUCUCGGAUUUCCCGAGUUGGUGUGUGACCAUAUGAUGGACAAAGCUAUGAAUAACAUCAAUUGCGGCGACGUGUCCGACACGCAAAGAUCGAUCGUAUUUGCUCAAAAUAGUGUCACAACCGAAGAGAGCAUCCCAUCGACAUUUCCGUUCGAAAAUGUCUACGGCAGCAGCACCCUCCGAACGAACAGUGACAAUUUCAGUGCUAACCAUGCCUUUAACAUGGAGGUGUGUCGGGCGGAACGUGAAAGUCAGAAGCUUGGAAGCACAAUGAGUGCAUACAAUGCACCAUUCGUUGCCGUAAUUGGUAUCGUUCUUGUGCUCUUCUGGGGUAAUUGGAGUGACAAAAGUGGCAGACGGAAGCCAUGCAUUUUAGCACCACAGAUUGGUGAAUUAUUGGGACAAUUGGUUGCUCUGAUUGCGGCCAUAUUCAUGAAACAACUUCCGAUCGAAUUUAACACAAUCUUGGGAGCUCUUCUUCCAGCCAUCGGUGGAGGUUGGUCUUUAAUGGGCAUCGGUUUGUUCAGCUAUUUGGCCGAAGUAACCGAAGAAAAGGAUCGAGUCUUCCGAUUCGGCAUUCUCUAUCAACUCUAUCCAAUCAUAACGAUCUGCACUCUGCCGUUUUCUGGAAUUUUGUAUCAAAAUUUGGGAUACAUCAAGUUAAUUUCCAUUUGCAUGGUGAUCAAUGUCCUUGGGUCGUUGUACAUCAUCUUUGUGUUGGAUGAAGUCAAACCCCGUGCAAAGGACGACAUUGAAGAGCAGUUACCCGAGACUGAGCUAACCGACAUGUUGACGAAAAGACAAUCACGAGAAAACGCAACUGCACCGAUCGAAUCAGCAACUAGUGCAGACGGUAACAAGUGUAUGAAGGCCAUAAAAGACUGUGCCAUGGUCAUUGUGAGGAAGAGAAGUGGCAACGGUCGGAAGAUUGUGUGUCUGACACUGGCCAUUGCGGGUUUAAUUCAGGUGCUUGAGCAUGAGUAUGAGAACGAGUACUAUUUCGUUCGCACCAGAUUGAAUUGGGAGGCAUUAGAAGAAGCGCCGUAUGCCGCUUAUGGCAGCAUCACAUCGUUCGUAGGGAACACACUAAUGCUUACUGUGAUGAGCAAAUAUUUUAAAGUGAACGACGCAAUUCUUGCGAUCAUUUCGUCGUCAUUUACAGCUGUGUCGAAGCUCGUUUGUAUAACCGUGACGACUACCUUCAUGCUUUAUGUGGCCAAAACAAUUGACAUUUUUUACGGUAUUCCAAGUCUGACCGUCAGAAGUAUCGUUUCAACAGUUGUGGAUAACACAGAGAUCGGCAAAAUUUAUUCCAUGAUGGGGGUGCUGGAGAACUUGAGCCAAUUCAUUUUCGUUCCGAUUUACACCAACAUCUACAGGCACACCGUCGACUUUUUCCCGAACGCCUAUUUCAUCUGCAGUUUGGUGGUUGUAACCAUCGUUUCGAUGCUGUGUUGGAUACUGUACUAUUGGGUGAGAACGCAUGUAGGAACAGAAGAAUUGACAGGAGAAUCACUGUCUAAUGAUAGGCAGGCUGCGGAGACUUGUCUCCGAAACGAUAGUGAUUCGGACGAGUAAAAUGGAAGGUUGGCUGCAUUGUGAUACAUUUGAAGCUUUGUAGCACAGCACUGCUUCUAACAUGAACAUAGAAAAUAUUCGGAGGCUGAUGAAAUCGUAGCUUAAGUCUACAAAUUUGACACUUGUCAAUUCAGUGUUCAUGCCAGGAGCAGUGCUGUGUUUGUAGAAAUAAAUUGUGAAUUCUGGACGGAGAUUGUUCUAUUUCACAACCAAUAAAUGUGUGGAAAGUGAAGAAGGA